AUGCCAGACACCCGUGCAAUGGAAAUUGAGCAGCUCAAGCAGCAGAUCGCUGAGCUUACUAAUUUGGUUAGAGGUAACUCGAAUACAUAUCAAGUACCCGACCCCAUAAAACAGUUAUCGGAGUUCUCCGGUAACAAAAAUGAAUUAACUAUGUGGCUCGACGAAGUCGACCAGUUGUACAACACAUUUAAAGUCAAGGGACAAAACGGUGCCCCUGACUCAAUGAACGCCUACUAUAUACAGGCAAUUAAGAACAAAAUCAAAGGCGAUGCGCGCCAAAUUUUAUGCGUGAAUGGAAAUCCCGCCACCAUUCCAGACAUCAAGAAAGUGCUUUUACAGCACUACGGCGAUCAGCGAGAUAUCGCCACCAACAUAAACAUUAACGGUAAUCAUAGUUCAAGUAAUACCAAACCAAACUCUGCUCCACUCCAGAAAUUUAAACCCAUCAGCAAGUUUACACAAAAACCCGCAUCGUCCCACACAAACCGUAAGAUUGAAAUGAAUUCCAAUUUAGUGCAAUCGGAUGACGAGUCCGAUGACGAUGAACACAACGACGGCAACGCUGUCGGCGAAGAACAUGAUCCCGAACAACAGAUAGACGAACUAAAUUUUCAGAUGCUAGAAUACAUAGAAGAAGCUAUAGAUUUGGCCAGGCGCAAUAUACCGAGCAGCCGAAUCAUCAGUUUGGCGGAGCUGGAAGCAGUACAGCAGUUCCUAGUGCACCAGGGUCUGGAAACAACUCUUGUAGAAAACGUUCUGGAUAUCGCUAGCGCUUAUAUUAUCUACAACAAAGACACUAUCGUAUACAUCCUUAAAGUACCCCGAGUCAAGAAUGCGGAAUAUACCUUGAACUACGUUGAAUCAAUAAAAUGUCCGAAACAAUUCGCUAAUACUAUGACAAAAUCAAUCGAUCGCAUAACCCGUGGAAUACGAUCUGCAAUUAAACAUUGUGCUGAUGAAACCAACGGAGAAGACGUAGAAGGACUCAGACACGACAUUCGAAACGCCCCUUUUCAUGCGUUUGGUGUUCAUGAUGACUGUAGGUCAUAUUUUUGUAAGAAUAAACAGGAUGUGACAGAAUCCCAGAACAUAGUAUUGGAAUUUCAAUCUCAUGGGAUAUGGGAUAAGAUAACUCUGGCGGUGGAAAAAUCCGCUGCUAAGGCAGAGUUUUUCAGUGAAAACAGGACAAGCAACUUGGUUGAAAACUUAUAUUGUAGAUUGAGUAAAUACAAUGUAGGAAAACGCGUCGACACAAUGAGUAGAGGAUCCUACCAAAGAAGAGUUUUCAUAACAGUACUUCAGCAUAAUGAAGGUUACAAAUGGCACGACGAAUAUAUGUAUCGAUACACUGGAGAACGUCCUGGAUAUUGGUUGAGAAGAAUGUUUCAAAGGAAAAAUGCAGCAUACAUGUGCACGAAAAAAAUUCAGAGUAGCCCGGGUUUUGUAAGGCGCAAACCUGUUGCUUAUGAGGAGAUCGAAAGGGACUAUGGAGAAGAUGCAGUCGACGCAGCAGAGCAAAAUAUGAGUAUCGAAAUCGAUAUUCUAGCAUUAAAAAAGAAAUACGAGAUGAGCGAAUCUUCAAAACAAUUGUUACUAUCUGAUCUGACAAUGGCUCAAAUGGAAGAAUUUGCGUUCGGGCGAAUACUAUCCAAAUAUGUUCCAGAAAUAAUAGGCUCAAGAGAGUCUACAAAGAACAAAAAAUGUGAGUUUAUAUUGCAAACCACAAAUACCUGGAAUUUUCUCAAGAGUAAUCGUCAUAUUAUCGGCCUCUUGCUGCGGUCAUUGAGAGACCGACAUUCCAUCGUAAUGGGUGGAACCAGGAUGUUCGUUGACUCAUGUCAUAAUUAUCUGUGUUGUGUGCCAGACGCUAUCUCUGAAGAUGGUUCAACAGUGCUACUUUUGAAAAAAGACCAACGAAAAGUGAAGAAAAUUACCAUAAAAAACCCUGAGUAA